AUGAAUUGUGAACAGGGUGAAUUAUCAACACUUCCUGAUGAUCUUUGGUCAUAUUCUGAUGAUGUCUUUUACGACUUUGUAAAGAAAUUUGUAGGUCAAAUUGAAGGUGAAAUUUUAGAAAUACAGCAUAUAAAAAACGUACGAAUUUUAUUACAAAUUCCCGACAUUUUUUCAUUUUUUCAAAUUAAUUGCAAAGAGACAUAUGAUUUAAAAAAGAAAGCUUGUUUUAUUGAUGAUGAUAUGAACUUUAUCGUACGAGAAGGAAUUAAAUGUAACAUAGAGCAAUUUAUUGAUUUAUUGAAACGACUUUAUGAAUCAAGAUUGACUAAUACCAAUACUAUUUUAUCUCAUACAACAACAUCCAUUGAAAAGAGUAAAUUCAGUCAAUGCAUAUGUGAGUUGAUAAAUAUCGAUGGAGAAAACGAACAAUAUCAAUCAAAACCAUUUAUUAAUACUUUUCUUAGCAAUCUUUUAAAGAAUAUGAAACGAUCUAAAAAUAACUUUCAAUUUCAUCCUAUUGUUACGAAAUUCGCAUCAGUAUUUAGGAUAUUAGCCGGUUAUAAUGCUUAUGAAUUCACUCGAAUUAACUUGUUAGGUUCUCUACCAUCCGAUACAACAUUGAAAAAUUACGAUGAAGAUAUUAAUUUGAAAUUAAACGAAUGUGAAUUCAGAUUUGAUCUAUUGAAAGAUUAUUUAGAUUCAAUAAAAUCACAAUAUGUUUUUUCGUCUGAAGACGCCACUGGAGUGGUUAGCUCAGUGUCUUAUGAUGCUAUUAAUGAUUCCUUUAUCGGAUUUACUCCAUCACUAAACGAUGGUUUACCUGUUAUAAAUCAAUUUAAGACCAAUAGUUAUAGCGAACUUGAGCAAUGGUUCCAUGAUAUUGAUAAAUCUACGUUAGUCAACGUUCAUUUAAUUGAACCAUUAUUGACAGAUGUAACAUCAUUAGUUCAUUCGAGACCAUACACUAUAAGUGCAUAUGGAAUUAAUAAUAAACAUUCUGCGUCUGAUACCAUACGCAGAUGGAUUUAUAUUUAUAAUCAAUGUAAAGAACGAAACAUAAAUCUAGUUGGAUUUUCAACAGACUGUGAUUCCAGAUAUUUCAAAGCUAUGAGAAUAUGUUUAGGUUUCUUUUCUCGAGCGCCUAAUGUUGAUUUAUUAACAGGAAAUGAUAAUCUACUUACAAUUGAUACACCAUCUAAUUGGACAUUUUUCUUUAUGAGACCUCAACAAUUGUUUCUCUGCAUGCAGGAUGGCACACAUUUAGUUACCAAGAUUCGAAAUCGUCUCUUGUCAGAGACUGCCACUUUAAAUAUUAAUAAUCAUCAUGUUGAUAUAAAUCAUUUACUUCAUUUAAUUGAAAACCAUCCGAAACUUGAUCAUAAUUUGGUUCGAUCCGAUAUUUUUCCACAUGAUAAACAAAAUUAUUCUUCUUGUUUGAAAAUAACAUCAGAUGACGUAUUGAUUUUAUUAAAACAGAUGAAUAAUAAGGCUACCUACAUUUACUUGUAUCUAUUAAAAUUAAUUAUACUUGCUUAUGUUAAAUCUGAUACAGAAAUUCUUUCUCGAUUAUAUUUUGGUUGGGUUGUUGCCUUUGCUUAUCGAAUUUGGUGGAAUAGUAUUCGAAUUGAUAAAAACUUAUCUCAAACAGAGAAAGAUAAUUCUUUUAUUACCAGAGCUGCUUGGCUUUCAUCUGAAAUAAACAUACAUACUUUGACGUUUAUCAUUAUUUUAGUAUCCAAAGGAUGUCUACCGUCAUAUGCACCUAAUUGUCAUCUUUUCAGUAGUCAACCUUGCGAAUCAACAUUUCGAAGUGCUCGAUCUUUAUCUGGAUCUUUAUCAUCAAUAACAACCUUCUCUGUAUCUCAAGUCAUAAAUAAAAUUGGAAAAAUUUCCAUUUUAAAUCAAAUAAAAUCAACAGAAGAAUCUAGUAAUAACGAAUAUUCUCUAAAAUUUCCAAGACAUCAUAAAAAUCGUCGUGAUGAAUCUCAAGCAUCUAAAAAUAUUCAAAAUGUAUCAUCAAUUACCAUACAGGACAUGGAGAAAAUAAUCAUUAAAGCUUAUAAUAAAGCAGUAAUAAUAAUGAAUAAUUUACUAAUAACAGAAAUCUUGAAAGAAUCCAAUUUAGAUGAUAUUCAUAAACUUAGUUCAUUCGUAUUUCAUGAACUUGAUAAAAGAUCAACAGUUGAUUAUUCAAUUAUCAAUAACUAUGAUGCUUAUGAUAGUUUAGAUGACGAUGAUGACGAUAAUAUUGUCAAUGAACCUGGUAACAUUGAUUUACUUGAAUAUAUUGAAGAAUCACGUGAUGAACAUGAACACGAAGAAUAUAAUCUAACAACAUCAAAACAAACAUUUUAUGGAAUGAAAAUUUAUGAAAAAAUCAAUUCCACGAAAAUAAAUAAUUAUUUUAAAAUUAUUAUUAAUAAUAAUUAA